UCUCGUAUAAAGAGACCAGGUUUGCCUACGACCGCGAGUCUUUUGAGAGACAGCUACGAAGAUGAGCCGACUGUUUCUCGUUCUGCUGUUGGUGUGCGCCGUUUCGGCAACCAGGUGCAUCGUCCGGGACGACAAGGACGAACCAGACUUUCACGUGAUCCGAUUAGGAGAGCCCAGUGGAGAGUCGGACGAAACGGAGGUCGUCACUCUGAACCUUCCGGACAGCAGACGCCGACGGGAAGCGGAUAAGUCCUGCAAAAAAGACACCGAUUGCCCCACGGGACAAGUCUGCAUUCCGUAUCUAGGAUGCGUUAAAGGUCGUCGAAAGAAUCCUACUCCGCGAAAACCCACCAUCGAGUGAACCACACCUCUGGCGAUGUUUUUCGACGCGGCAAAGAAGAAAUAACUGGCUUUACGAUCCCUCGAUAGUAAAAAUUCUGUACGCUAUGCAACGUUCGUAACAAUAAAACAACUUGCAUCCACACGU